CAGUGGCUUAGUGGUUAGUUCAUCUAUCUUGUUGCACCAGGGUCCCCAGUUUCAAUCCAACCAGGACAUUAUCUGUUUGUAUGUUUUUCCUCUGCUUGCGUGGGUUUCUUCACGGUACGCUGGUUUCCCCCACACAAGCCAAAGACAUGACGAUGGUGUAUAAACUCAUCUUCAUGGGACUGUGUCUUGAUUCAAUUUUAUACAGCAAUUCUCAGCAAAGUGGAACAGAGUGUUUAAAAGCGAAUGCCAAAUCUUGUGGAGAAUGUAUACAAGCUGGACCAAAUUGUGGGUGGUGCACAAAAGUGGAUUUUUUACAAGAAGGUGAGCCCACAUCGGCACGCUGUGAUGAUCUUGCUGCAUUGAAACGUAAGGGCUGUUCAGAGGAAGACAUUCAGAAUCCCAGAGCAAGCAAGAGAACGCUAAAGGACAACCUUAUAACAAAUAAGACCAAAAGAAAUUCUAUGAACUCCUCUGAAAUUACACAGAUCAGACCGCAGCAAUUAAAAUUUGAACUAAGAUCAGGAGAGCCCCAGACAUUUAAUUUAACAUUCAGAAGAGCAGAGGAUUAUCCUAUUGACUUGUAUUAUCUUAUGGACCUGUCAUUUUCCAUGAAAGAUGAUUUAGAGAAUGUAAAAAAUCUUGGCACAGCUCUCAUGGAGAAAAUGAAACAAAUUACUUCAGAUUUCAAGAUAGGUUUUGGGUCUUUUGUAGAGAAGACAGUCAUGCCAUAUAUUAGUACUACUCCUGCUAAACUCAUAAACCCGUGCACCGCCGAACAGCAAUGUACCAGUCCGUUCAGUUACAAGAAUGUACUCAGCCUCACAAGUAAUGGAAACCUUUUCAAUGACCUAGUAGGCAAGCAGCAGAUCUCUGGUAAUUUGGAUUCCCCAGAAGGUGGAUUUGAUGCCAUCAUGCAAGUCGCUGUGUGUGGUGAUCACAUUGGAUGGAGGAAUGUCACACGCUUGUUGGUGUUUUCUACGGAUGCUGGCUUCCAUUUUGCUGGUGAUGGCAAGUUAGGAGGAAUCGUUCUGCCAAAUGAUGGAAAAUGUCACAUGCAAGACAAUAUGUACACAAUGAGCCAUUAUUAUGACUACCCAUCAAUCGCUCAUUUGGUCCGGAAGCUCAGUGAAAACAACAUACAGACAAUCUUUGCUGUUACUAAGGAUUAUCAAGAUAUUUACAAGGAGCUAGCAAAGCUAAUCCCAAAAUCAGCUGUUGGAACUUUGUCUUCAGACUCUAAUAAUGUAAUUCAACUAAUCAUUGAUUCCUACAAUUCACUGUUUUCAGAGCUUAUUCUAGAAAACAGCAAAUUACCAGAAGGUGUAACAAUCAGUUAUAAGUCAUUCUGUAAGAAUGGAGAGAUUGGAACAGGAGAAAAUGGAAGGAAAUGUUUUAAUAUCUCUCUGGGAGAUCAGGUUGAAUUUGAGAUCACUAUAACUGCUCACAAGUGCCCCAAAAAGGACCAAACAGAGACCAUUAAAAUUAAACCAUUGGGAUUUACUGAAGAAGUUGAGAUUCUUCUGAAAUUUAUCUGUGAAUGUGAUUGUCAACAGUUUGGAACCCCCGAUAGCCCAAAAUGUCAUUUUGGGAAUGGUACAUUUGAAUGUGGAGCCUGCAGAUGCAAUGAGGGUCGCAUUGGAAAAGAGUGCGAAUGCAGCACACAUCAAGUUAGCAGUGAAGACAUGGAUGCUCAGUGCAGAAAAGAGAACAGCUCAGAGAUCUGCAGUAACAACGGAGAUUGUAUUUGUGGCCAGUGUGUGUGUAACAAGAGGGAAAAUCCUAAUGAGGUCUACUCCGGGAAAUACUGUCACUGCGACAAUUUCAAGUGUGACCGAUUCAAUGGAUUGAUUUGUGGAGGAAAUGGAGUCUGCAAAUGCAGAGUUUGCGAGUGUUUCCUCAACUUUUCUGGUAGUGCUUGUGAUUGCUCAGAAGAUAUCUCAACAUGCAUAGCAUCUAAUGGUCAGCUAUGUAAUGGAAGAGGAACGUGUGAAUGUGGAAGGUGUAAAUGUGCAGAUCCCAAAUUCCAUGGGCAGAAGUGUGAGAUGUGCCAGACCUGUCUUGGUGUUUGUGCAGAACAAAAGGAAUGUGUUCAGUGCAGAGCAUUUCAUAAAGGAGAGAAACAAGAAUGGUGUGAUACCCAGUGUGCACAUUUCAACCUUACUAUGGUGGACAGCCGUGACAAGUUACCUCAGCCAGGACAGGAAGACGCUCUCACACACUGCAAAGAGAAGGAUGUCGAUGAUUGCUGGUUCUACUAUACCUACUCUGUAAAUUCUAGCUCUGAGGUUUAUGUGCAUGUUGUGAGAGACCCAGAUUGUCCCAGUGGCCCUAAAAUAGUUCGAAUCGUUGCUGGUGUGGUGGCUGGAAUUGUACUUAUUGGACAGGCAUUGUUGCUUUUAUGGAAGUUUUUUAUAAUGAUUCAUGACAAAAGAGAGUGUGCCAAAUUUGAAAAGGAGAAAAUGAAUGCCAAAUGGGAUGCUGAUGAAAACCCCAUCUACAAGAGUGCAGUGACAACAGUGGUGAAUCCUGAAUAUGAGGGAAAAUUAAUGUGAUGGUCAGCCAGGCUAUAUACAAAGUAGCAUCUUGAUCGGAUUGGAUGGCAGCAUGUGUCCCCCUGAAAAACUUAAUUUUUGUUGUUUCACUUUAAGCAUCUUUAAAAUCACUGCUCCUUUAAAAAUGAUAUUUUUUUAAAGUUCUUUGCAUUAAUACAUGUUCCCCAGGGCAGUACCCGGUCACCCAUACCCUUUUAAUAUAAUUUCUGGAUUUUCUACAUAUCUGUUUUCAUUCCCAACGGUCAGCCAGGCUGAUACUUGCAGUUCCCUGGAGGACAGGAUGCCCCCCCCAGGUUGGAAUGUAGCCAAUUAAGCCUCUAACUUUGCAUGACAAUACAGACUCUGAUCUGUCUACUCGGCAGGCAAGCUUCAAACAGAACAUGACCACCGGGAUGAUUGAUGACAAAAAUCAAGGACCAGCAAGCUUCUGGAGAUGAUAUGGUCAAUGCUGCCCCCAGAGGCCAAUUAUGGCAACACAAUCAGUAAGGAGGAAGACUGCCCUGUGAACACUCUGAUUCGUCCAAAACCGAGUGGGGUCCGCAAUGUGAGGGGGGGGGGGCGGUUGAAUAAAGUACGACUGAGGUGCUUUAAAUAGGGCUGUUGUAACCAAAAAGUUUUGCCAUCUUGAGCUCAUCGAAAGAAGGAUUCUACCUAGAGGAGGCGACAAGUAUCUUUGAUGAUUGUUGUUAUAUGUUGUAGAUAUCUGCUAUUUAGUUUGUGACAUUCCUAUUUUCUUGGGAAAUAAAUGUAACAUUAUUUAUUAAGCAGCUGUGUUUGUUAUAUUAUUGUGCUUAUCCGACUCUUUAGAUUAGCCAAGUUAUAGGGAUAUGCAAUUAACACUUAUAUGAAAUAGUUAUAUUAGAUUGUACAAUACUGCAUAUUUACUUCAAUGGCCAAUAACUUUCAUUUGCAUAUAAGCAUUUUUCACGAUCGGGUCCCAUAGACUUCAAAUGGGUUUGAUGUUCCAGUCCAACUUUUGCUAUGUUUCCGGAGUUCUGGUUCUUAUAUGGUCCUAUGCCAUUGUUGACCGCCGUCUGAAGAUGCCGAUUGCCUGGCUGUCAUGCUUGUCCUCUAAACUAAAUGUCUGCUGCCUCACUGAAGGAGAACAAGCAUUCUGCAAGCAACGUUACAAAGUUUGUAAUGUAUAAACUGCAAAGAUGUUUAAGCAAACAUUUUGUCUAAUAUAAAAACGUUUAGUCCAAAUUGUCAAUGGCAUUGAAAUCACUUGGCCCAUGAAAACCAGUUAAUACAUAGACUAUUUGGGUCAGGGUCAACUUUUAUUAUUUUCCAAACUGCAAAAGAUGGUAUUUGGAAAUUCCUUUAUCCAAAAAAAAAAA